UGUAAAAUAAAAACAGGUUUCAAAGCCAAAUUCAAACUUUCAGUUGAUCAUAAACUUAUUGGCAAAGUUAUCCCAUGCCAUCAUUAAGACAAAAUUGAAAUGUAUGAUAAUCAGAUUUUGUCUAAAAGUAUUUUUGUUUGUGUCUUUUUACUUUACACAUGAAAAAGAUUAGCAGUUCAGCGGUUCUUCUCAUAGUCCAAAGCAAGAUAAUUAAAGAGGGAAUACUUUUUAAUUUGUAAUCCCGGAGAAUUAUGAAUGGUUAUAUUUUGCCAUCCAUCAUGCCAUGUUAGGAGGUAAACCUUGACCACUGGUGUGAUACCCACACACAUUGAUAGACGACGAAUUAUCUGAUGUCAUGUUAGUGAUUCAGAGCAGUAAUGUACAAUAACAUUUAUGGACUGAGAGAUUUACGCAUAGUUGCGACCUGUUGCUUGCAGUGUGUAUGGAAAAAGCAAACACAGGGAUUCCACAGUAAAGGGCUUCUUCAUCUAAAUCAUGAUCCGUGAACAUCGAAUAAGAAAGCAUUGUUCCAAUAUGGGUGGAGGAGUAGUGGGUGGGGGUGGUGGUGGGUGUCACACAGCUACUACUGUGCAGUAACGGGCGCUCCUACGCCUCGAGUCGCCCAUUGGCUCGUUCAGCCUCGGGUUCAGCACCACGGAGAGUGAACAGCGACACGGAGCAGCAGAGAGGAUGCUGCUGAUGUUCUUCAUCUCAGCUUCUUCAUGACAUGGCUUCACCACUCUGAUCUUUACUUUCUGAGAAAUAUCGUCUCCCUCCCGGUGUAGGCUCUUUGACUGACCGUGUCAAUGCAACUCUACAUCCGGUGGAAGAAUCUGUUUCCAGCAACAGUAGCAGCAGCACCAGCGGCGGCGGCGGCGGCGGCAUCACAGAUGCGCUGUCUCCCAGGUUCACGUUGCUUCAUCUGUUUUUCUUUCAAGUCCAGUCGACAGGCAUGAAGGACCGUGACACUGCUAAACAUCGGGCUUUAGGCUGCCACAGCAGCAGCAGCAGCAGCAGCAGCAGCAGCAGCAGCAUCUCAUGUGCAUUACCGCAUCAACAACAAGCACCGCUGCCCGAACACCGGGUACCUCUGCUGCUGUUUCCCCGAUGUCCACUGCUACACAGGCGGCUCUUGUGACAUGACAGCCCGAGGAAGGAAGAGGAAGAUCAAAGGUUACUGGCUGAGGUUGGAGGAGGAAAGGAGCAAGGAAGGAACACAGAGACCACUGCUACAGCGCCAGUAACGGAAUAUUAUUGUAUUAUAUUGAAUUGACACGAGGACGUUUCUGGUUUGGCCUUCAGGGAGACCGAGACCAAGGGUCAGCAGCCAAAGACCCCAGUAGCUGCUCGAUGCCCCCUCACAGCUGACCGACAAGAACUCGGUCAGAGUGCAGCCGGUUUCUGAUGCUCUUUUGUGUUUUUGAAUCAGGCCUCUAUUGUGCACUGUGGCACCACUUCUGCCUCAGCCCAGACUCUUAUCUGAUGCACCUGAACCCAGUAUCAGUCCCGGUCCCGGUCAGCUGUGCUCCUGGCUGCCGCUGCUGCUGCUGCUGACCUGCACCACCCUCACCUGUGCAGACAUGGGCUGCAUCCAGAGCAUCGCCUGUAACAAGUCCCGCAUCAAACGUGAGAACAUUGUGGUGUACGACCUGUCGGCCACCAUAGACCACUGCCCCACUGUCAUCGAGGAGAACUCGCCCAUAGUGUUGCGCUACAGGACGCCCUAUUUCAAAGCCGCAGCACGGAUUGUGAUGCCCCCCAUUCCCCGCAAUGAAACCUGGGUGGUGGGCUGGAUCCAAGCCUGCACCCAGAUGGAAUUUUACAACACCUAUGGAGACAUCGGCAUGUCGAGCUGGGAGCUGCCUCAGCUGAGGGAGGGUUUGGUGAGAGCCAUCAGUGACUCUGACGGUGUGAGCUACCCCUGGUAUGGAAACACAACAGAGACCGUCACCAUAGUGGGCCCCACCUCCAAGUCUUCUCGCUUCAUUGUCAGCAUGAACGACAACUUCUACCCCAGCGUCACCUGGGCCGUGCCGGUCAGUGAAUCCAACACACCCUUACUAACAAACAUCAAGCGGGACCAGAGUUUCACCACCUGGCUCGUGGCGCUCAACACGGCGUCCAGGGAAAAGAUUCUGCUCCACACCAUCAAGUGGAGGAUGAGAGUUGAUAUCGCGGUGGAUCCAUCUCUGCCUCUGGGCACCAGGGCGCGGCUAGUGGGCCGACUACAUCAGGACCAGCCCAGGGUGCUAACCCGCAUGGAGCCCAUUCCUGCAAACGCCAUGGAGAGGCCCAACGCUAAUGACGCCCAGGUUCUAAUGUGGAGGCCCAGGAGAGGGCCUCCGCUUGUUGUCAUACCACCUAAGUAGAGCCGUGAGACCUUUGGACUGAGCGGUGGUGACCAUGUGUGUCACAACGAUGAAGAAACGGGGAGAAAAAUCACAUGCAAAAACAAACUGUGUCUCUGUCAGAAGGUUGUAUUCACUGUCAACAGCAUCAUUAAGAGAUUUGUAUUCAGACGAUCUUAUCCUGGGGGACAGCUGCCUUAAUUCCCCACCGCUGCCUUUGACCAGCCAGAAAGUGUGUGUCUGCCUCUGCUCCAGGUGCUUUAAAGCUGCUGGGUGAUCAGCCUUUUUAAUCCAGCCUCAGCACAACUGAGCGAAGCAUUGUGUACCUUACAGAAAUAUGCUAGGAGCGCUGGGAAGGUAUGAAAACCAGACGGGAGAGAAACAAUGACUCAAGCCUGACUACAGGACGAAAGUUUUACGUCGACAGAGGUUUUUUAGCCUAAACGAUGACAUCAUCCUGUCCUGUUUUGCUCUGAGCAGCAAAGUGCUGUGUAAGAGUCAACCCAAGGAGACAGUGUGUUUUCAUGUCAGCAGGGUCCACAGAGGAGACGAGUCCUGCUGCAUAUAGUCAUAGCUGACAGAGAUUACAGUGUGGGGGCUUGGUGUGUGUGUGUGUGUGUGUGUGUGAGUGAGUGUGUGUGUGACUUUGGAUUUUUUUUCUGUUUUUUACAGUAUCUUAUGCAUGGAUCCCAUUUUAACAGAGGACAGAAUCACAAUCAGUCCCCAGUCACUAUGAUCGGGUCAUGGGAUGUAAACAGUGUUGUGUUCAUUUGCUGCCCCCUGCUGUGUUUUCUCCUGUUUUGCCAGUCACAAAACACAGGUGUACCGUAGGUUAUUGAAGCUGAGGACGUAGGUGUAAUGUUUCUAUUUGGUUUAACCUAACAAGGUAUUAUUAUACUUUCACUGUUGCAGCUGAUGCAGCAAAUGCAACCUCCAACUAACUCACUGCUGUUCUUACCAGUGAGUCUGGUGUAUGUCAUGAGGUGCAGUCCUUAUAAAUGAAGGGUGAUCACUGGUUACCAAAGCCAAACUUUUUUUUUUUUUUUUUUUGAGGGGGCGGGAGGAUUCAACUGAAUGAUGGGGUAUUGGGCUGGAGGUCCACAUAUGUUCUGUUAACUUAUAGUACAUUUAAAUGUACAGAUCCCUGCACACUGUACUGCUUUAUGUCAUACAUUCAACAUUCACAUUCAAACAUGAAAACAAACUAAUAUGAAAUGAAUGAUUUUUAGUAAAGCCAUCAUUUAUGUUUCAUAUUUUUGAAUAUGGACAACAGCAGCAAAAAAACACUACCAUUGGCUGGAAAUAUUUUCUGCAUUAUACUUUUGGUCUGUUGGCAAAACAACAGACAACACUGUGACACACUGUCAGUCAGUCAGAGCGUUUCAUACAUUAAAAAAUGAAAAGCCUCUAGUGGACGUUUGGUGCACAUUCCAUGAGAAAUAGAGACAAAAGGUGACAUUCUGAGAAUUCGCCACGUUGAAGUGUCUUGGGAAGUUUACUGAUCUCACAGAGCGUCAUGAAAUAUAGCGUACAAAUCUAAUCUUACACAUGGUUACACAGCUUCUGUGUUGUGGCACUGAUGCUCAGAGCAACAAAUCAGGAAAACACACACAGCUAGGAGACUGUCUGUUGAUACUUAGACUGGUAUGAGAAAUGGGCCGGACCAUCUGGUUAUGAUCUAUGGCUGCAGUAAACUCAGGCAGCUAGAAACACAGUGUGCUGUGAGAAGCAGAAGAGCUGUAGUUUCAUGGGAGAAUGGUUCAUUUUCCUGAGAAACAACUGAAGCCACUCAGUAGUUUUAGGUAAAGGUCUUCUCCAUCAUCUAUAAUAUCAAUUCAAUUAGGUAAGUGGGAGAGUGGACAAAAUCUGUGGUUCACGGUUCUGUGUUAAUUUGACAGUUAAGUCGCAGCCAAACUCUAUUCUCCAUUUUCUCCUAAAUGGGAUCAUAAUUCAAUUACUCACUUACAUUCAAUAAUCCAACUGUGACCAUGUUCUACUGAACACCAAAUAAGACCUGAAGCAAAAUGGAAAGUGACUCUGCAAACUGAUGUGACAUUUAAGAGUUUGGUCAUAGAGUUCCUUUUCACAACAUAAACUGCAGCAGCAUUGGAGCGGCUACUUCCAUUUCAUACAUACUGUCUAUGGUCUACAACAGCAGUAAACCAGUUACAUGUACAUAUAUUUUUGUGACCUCUAGGUUCACGUGACAACGACGCAACACAGAAAGCCACACUCAAAUAUUAUACGUUAAAAAUACUUUGUCAUUAGAAAUAUUGAAUGUGUGUAUUUCAGCGACGGUGCUGAGGUCUGCUCCGUGAAUGUACAGUAUGUUAGUGUUUGGAAGUGAGUUUUGAGAUUAUUGACACACUGUUCAUGAUUCCUCAGAGCCGCGUUCACUUUUAUUUACAUAUCAAAACUGAAGCAGCUUAGAUUUACCAACGUGAACUUUCCUUUUCUCACUUCUCUCACCCUGCCUUCUGAAAGCCGAUGAUGCCUGCACCGACGACAGCCUCUUUUUCUGUUCACCUACUUCUUUCAUGCCUUCUUUGUUCUGUGUGAUGUGAGAUGUUCUGUGUUUGUCUGUUUGUUUUAACUCGAGAAUACUGUUUGUUUUAUUGCAUCAACUGUGUACAAAGAGAGAGAGUUAAAGGAAGAGAAUAGUUCAAGAACAGCCAGACUUCUACCAUGCUACAGCUAACGUUAGCCUGUUAGCAUCCGUAGAAGUAUCUGUUGAAAGUGAAAUAGAGUCUUUCUGUAUGAACGAUACAUCCUGACACUUGGCUUCAGAGCUGGACUGACUUCCCGUGUGGGGAAAAAAAGGCUUGAAUAUCAGUAAGAGACAGAAUUAUGAAUCCCAGGUACAAAGCUGUUUUUAAAAACGCAGUUCAACCUUUAACAAUCACAAACCAGGUCAGAAAGAACGUCAGUGUUUCACUGAAUAACUUCAUGAUAUUUGUUCAAAUAAUUCUUAAAUUUACUAUGUAUUUAGUACAACGGAAAAUGUUGGAGCAGAGAAAAAUGAACCAGUGAGUUGACCCCUCCUCAUGUUUACUCAAUUGCUUGGAUCCUCGGGCCACGAUGGGUCCAAAAUUGAACAGGGUUAGGGUUAUGAGCAGAUAGAUGGAGCGUUCAUGUGAACUAAGAUAAAUGACAUGUUAAUGUCAUACAUAAAGGCUAAAAUGAUAAAAUUCCAUUAUCAUUUCCUACGCCAUCUAUUGCGGAAAGGUGGUUAUUGCAGGGAAAAGGCAGAAGUAUAAAGUUAAUAUAAAUAUAAAAAUAAAUAUAAAUUAUAUAAUUUGAAAAAGUUUCACAGACCAGAUUAAAAGUCUGAACAGGCUGCAUACGGCCCCUGGGCCUUAUUUUGCCCGUCACUGCUCUAUAACAACGUUGUGUUUUCCUACUGAUUUAAGCUGAAUCAAAAUUAUUAUUAGGUUUUUUUUAAACAGAUCUGCUCUGCAGGCAGGACAGUUUUACGUUUGAAUCUCUACGAGCAGUAUUAAUUAAAGGAAGUAUUAAUUGGUCAUUUGUUUGCCACAGAACUCGUCUCCUAUUGUGUUCACAAAACGAGCUGAAACAUGAACGAAGCUCAUUUUUUUUGCUCCAUUUCAUGUGAAUUUGGGCUGAAGAUAAUCUUGGCAUUUCUGCAUGAAAUGAACGUCUGGCGCCCCCUUUUAUCUGAUUUGAAGCAUUUUUGUGCCACAAUGAACUGCAUAAUAACUAAUCUAAAAUUAUGCUGAAACAAUGUGGUGAUGUCCACAGUGGGAGCAUGGCUGUUUCUCAUGCAGUACUAGUUCAGGAGUAAAAGGUUGCACAUGUUAAGCAGCAGUUUUUCCUCAAACUCCUUAAAUAUUACACAUGAUCUCAUAUAAUAAAAAUCCAAGACCUGGCCAACCUUUCUGAGAAUCAUUGUUUUUAAAUUGACGGACCAAGCAGUGAGCCAAGACCCUUCAUUGUUCAUUUGGUUUCUAAUAAGACCUUUUCAUAAAGACUCUGAUCCAACCCUUGCGUGUGCCAGGCAUCAAUUUGUGAAAGUUGUGACCCAGAACAUAAACUGCCUGGAAAAUAUUCAGUGACGUGAUAAAUAAAGUGAGAAGCGUUCUCUUUUGAAACAUAUUUCCCCAAAACGGCUCAGUCACCCUCUAGUGGCUAAAUGUGACUGAAGUUUCUUCCUACUUGGCUUCUUUUCGUACUGGAAGGUGAUGCCAUUUGUUAAUAGAAAAUAAAAAAAAUUAAGUAUUUCAUAAAUGGGUAUUGGAUUAAUAAGGACUUAGUAUAACUGCAGU